CAUCCGCUGAUUCCUUAAUCAAUAUUUAUGUAUUGUUGAACAUUAAUAUUAUUCCUGGCGAUCACGCGUGCAAUACCUCCAUUUCUUCACCACUAGCCUUUUCUUCCUUAUUGCGCCCUAGCGGGCUCAAAACGCUCCUUUAUAUACUUGUCCCACCAUGAGUUGUGAGUCCCUGCGCCUGUUGAGCUUGAUUUGCUCGCUAAAUGAGGCGCUUACAGCCACCCCAAGUCUAACACCUACCAGUCACUCUACGACGAGUACGACUUUAUCGACCCCCUCUCCAUCAACUCCAUCAGUUUCGUCGGCUGCACCUACUUCGCCUGUCCAGCAGACGACCACAUCAACAAGUAGUACUUCAUCGUCCACAUCGAUCUCCACUACUACUAGUACUUCUACCUCAACGAGUCGUAGUACUUCUACCACUGCCUCGACGACCAGUACGUCAACUACCACCACCACCACCUCGACCACACCAACCAGUACCCGGAGUGUCUCAACUGUGACCAUUGUUGUACCGCCUUCGGGUAGCACUACCACUGCAGCUACAUUGACCUCGACCCAAACCUCCACUCAUGUGUCAUCUGGUUUCUUCUCUAAUACCGGAGCCGUGGCGGGCGUAUUCACCGGUGUCGGGCUUGUUGGCCUUGGCCUUAUCGUGGGAUUCAUCGUCCUAAUGAUCAAGAAAAAGAGGGCUAGAGAGUUGGACAAAGAAAUUGCAGCCGCGGCGUUUGAAGCCAAUAUUCAAGCAGGUCGGAACAACGCUGCAAUAGACGAGAUGGAUUGGGAUGAUCACUACCCACCUUCUUCUGGUACACACGGCGCAUACGGUCAACCCCCGAUGCCAAUGGGAUAUAACAACACUACAUAUGACCCUUACAGUGAGAAUGCUUAUCCUAUGACAGCCAGACGACUCAGUCAGGGGACUGCGGUGUCAGCGGGUUUUGCUGGCGUUGGAGCAAGAGGUGCGGCUGCUGGUGAUCGAUGGAACAACAAAGCGCCCCAGACUGGGGGAUAUGCAGCGGCCCCUCAAGGGGAGCAGUAUCAAAACCCAUACCAGACGCUCAGUAAUGAGAGCAGUGGCAAUGGUGGCCAGUAUGGCGCUCCCCGACCAAGUUCGCCCCCUCAACCAGCCGCCUAUGAUCCCUUUGCAGCUACACGGCCCCAGCCUGGCGUAUACAAUGCGCAGUCUCGGCAGCUUAGUCCCCCUAUGGACCCCAUGUCUGGGGCACCUGGGUCGCAUGGUCAGCAUGAUCAAGACUAUGACGAUGCUUACGGGGGGGUUGAGGAGUAUGAUGAUGGUGGUGGACAAGGCGCGCCACAAUAUACCGAACACGAUGCAGAAAAUGGCAGGGGAUCUUUGCAGGAUGAUUAUCUUGAGGAAGGGCAUCGUGUGUUAAAGGUCACUAACUAAAUAUUUGUUGAGGCACCCAAAUUAUCUUAAUUGGUCCAUGUGGAAAGUGUUCUCUCUUGGUCGUUUAUACCCUGAUCCUUCUGCCAAACAGCUAUCUAAAAAAUUCCUUCAUUUAUUUUGUCGUUUUAUU